GUCAGAGUAUCUUUGUUUACAGACUUUCACAUGACUUUCUGCAGAGACAUGUGACAAUAUAAAUGCUAUGUCAGCAUAAAGUGUAAGGAGAAGUGGACGUGGAUAAACAGUACAUACAGUACAGUACAGACAAGCAAGAGAAUUGUAAGGCGCAGAAUGACAGACUCUGUUCUCACCACAUUCAUUGAGCGUACUCAUGCGGACCCAGCUCUGGCCAGAGACCUCCUGGAUGCAACGGACUGGAACCUGGAGGAAGCUGUGACUGCCUACCACAGUCUCUAUGACACCAAGACAGUGGAGCCAGAGGAGUACCAAUAUGACCCAAAGGACUUUGACAGUUUGGCUGGCAUACUGGAAGACGUGGACAGCUUCCCAAAACAAGGACUUGAAGAUUCAGCUACAGAGAGUGUCGUCAGCAAUGCGAGGGUGGAUGAUAAUGAGGCUCAGAGGAGGGUACUGGUCAAGCAUCAACGACAAAAAAGAGGGCGUGGUCUCUCGUUCCUUGCCUCGGAGGUGGUGGACAAGUUCAACAAGGUUGCUGUCUCCACAGAGAAAGUCAGCGCCAAAGAACAGGUGUUAUUUGAUGAGAAGUUUUUCCACCAUUCGUUUGUGUACCCGGACUUCAGUGCAGAGGACGGUGCUCUACAAGAGUUCAUUGCAGCUGACCUCAUCGAGGUCUCCAUGAAGAAAGCUCUGGAGAGACUAGGUCGGCUUAACUGGUGGACCAGGACUGGCACCCUACCGAGUCUGGAGCCUCUGGCCACUUCAGGAGAUGGCAACUGCCUACUACACGCAGCCUCGCUCUAUAUGUGGGGGUUCCACGAUCGAGAGUUAAUACUAAGAACAGCUCUGCAUCGGACACUCACAACUGGGCUAGCUAAAGAGGGCAUCAAGCAAAGAUGGAAGUACCACACACAGUUGAGGUACGACGAAAUCGGUCUGCAGUUCUCCGACGAAGAGUGGGACUUCGAGUGGGGUGAUGUCAUACGUAUUGCCACCAACCAACCACGACAGCAACCCACAACUGCGUCUCUUAGAAGGAAAUCCUCACUCAAGCUCAGCUUAGAAAGCCUCGAAGAGAUACAUGUGUUUGCAUUAGCUCAUGUUUUAAAGAGAGCUGUCAUUGUCAUUUCCGAUCGUACCAUCAAGAAUUUGAGUGGUGAAGACUUGGCUCCGAUCUAUUUUAGAGGAAUUUACCUACCGUUUGAAAUCAACCCAACGGCUUGCCACAAAUCUCCGAUUGUGCUUGGUUACGAUUCGUCUCAUUUCGCCCCACUGGUAGCAAAGGACGACAAGAAAACAGAGGAGCAACGACAGCGAGGACGGUUCGCUAAAGUGAGUGGGCGGAAGGACACUGUUGUGCCUCUUGUGACACCCGACGGUUCAUUGUUACCAGUUCAAUUUGUCUACCACCCCAAAAAGAAAUUGGUGACCGAGAAAUGGGCCAAAUCUGAAUUCACCCCUGGAGAAUUUCCGGAUGAAAUUGUUAGAGUUUUAGAGUCCUAUCUCGAUGUUCGCUGGAUUCAACUCAAAGUCGACUCAGUGACGUCUUCAGUCGAAAAAAGUCGCUCAAUAGCAGAAGACGAGCCUGAUCGGGACAACUUCCCUAUCGAAGUGCCCAAGGUUCGAUUCCCAGCCGCACAUAUAAAGCAAGAAGCACAGCCCAUCUAUCAGAAAGAACUCAUUGAGAAAUACUUGAACCACGCACGUGGUCGCUACGAGGAACAAGCCACUCUGAAGGCAAAGAGAGAGGAAGAGAAGAAAAGACAUGAAGAGAAUAAACCUGUGCCGUGUGUGACGGAAGGGUGUGAUAUGUUUGGAAAAAAGGCAACCAAUUACCUUUGCUCAGUGUGUUACAAGGCUAAAGAACUGAGGCUAAACGAACUUUCAAGCUCGACGCAAAGUGAUGACAAGGAAUUUUUCAAUCCAUCAGCUAUUGCAAGCGGAGAAAACCCCCUUCAAGCCCCUCCUCUUCCUGCCAGGGCACAAGCUACACCAUCCGGUUACCAAUGGCCUGUUUCAGACAGCCCUCAACAAUGUGAGCACAGAUCUCUACCAAAGCAAGUUGCCAGUGGACCGUCUCUCUCCAAACAGUCCGCCCCUCGUCCCCUCUCCAUGCAACCUCAGGCAGCAUGCCCGUCACCCUCCACCACACAUGCAAAAACUACUAAGAAAGCUAGCCCUUCCAGAAGCCCAAAGCUAACACAUCAAGUUAGCCCCUCGAAGAACACAAAACCACAACCCACAGAGGGGCCUCAACUACCCCCUCAAGCAAGUCAAUCGCAACCCCCUAAAUUGUCACCGAAAGUACCUCCGAAAGUACCAAGCACUGCGUCUGCUACGAACACUAAACCACCACUGACUGUCCCUAAAGGCAAUGGUGGCUCCAAAGAUGGUAUUGCAAAAAAGCUGAAGAUUUUCCCGUCCUCUCCCUCCAAUUCUAAGAAGCCGAAGGUUGCCAGGGGUUACUCGCGAGACGGUAUACAACCUAUCUCCCUCGGGGUUCUCGGUGGAGGCGGCUCGCAGGUGGUCUGCAAGAACACUGGUUGUGAUUUCUUUGGCAAUGAAGAAAGAAAAGGAUAUUGCUCAAAGUGUUUCAAUGAAAUAUCCAAGACCUCGUCACAAGAAGUGUAAAAUUGGACAAUAAUUUAAUUAGCAUUAAUUAUUGAUUUUAUUGCAUGUACUUUGUAUGAUUUUGUAUGCUUUUGAAAUUACCUUGUAUUUUGCACGUCCUAUAAUUAGAGAACAAUUUUGCACAGUAAUGAAUUAAUUUUGAUGAUGCAUGUC